GGAUGAUGAUGAUGCGUUCAGUGACCGCCGGAAACUCGGAAUUUACAGUUUUUUACUAGGAUGAAUAAAACAAGCGCCACGACGGAGUCUGGUGUUUAUAACGCGAAUGUAACAUAAAAUGAAUAUUUCCGACACACACUGAAUGCAGCAUAAUCCUCUUCACGUGCGGUGAGUGUGAAAACACGGACUGGACUCUGGCCUUUUCGCGCCAUUUAUUGCUUAAAUAUUAACCGGAAGUCUUGGUUAUAACGUUCAGACAGAGUCUAAAAACAAGAAGAAUUUAAACAUGUCAGCGUUGUUUAAAGGGAAACUGUUGGACCAGAACCACAGAAGAACAAAG